UUCUAGCUUAACACCGGCUUCGUCUGUCUGCACUUACAGCUAACGGGUGAGACGCAACUAUAUAGUUUGUUUAAUUUGUUUAGCUUAGAGCUAACGUCUUACCGUCACUCUGAGGAAAAGCAAAAACAUAUAUAAUUAACGUAUUUGUGACAUAGUUGCCACAUUCAGGUUAGCUUAUGUAGCUAACUUUAUGUUAAUUUAACACUCGCUGCAAGGAAUGAAUGUGACAGCGGUUACCCACUGCUAGCAUAGCUAACAUAAACUUUGGCUAAUAGCGUUAGCUUGUCUGGCUGACUUUGGGCAGCACAACACAGCAUCUCUACAGACUGGACAUUCCUCUUGACAAGCAGGUACCAACAAACAAGCCGGCCCUGGGAUACGUGUCUUUGUACAUUUCCCGAAAGCACAGAUGAAUUGUCAAGGUAAUCACACCGCUCCACUGAGGGUGCUGGUGACAGGAGGUUCCGGCUUGGUGGGCAGGGCCAUACAGCAUGUGGUCAAACAGGAAGGGGGAGCCAAGGAGGGGGAAGAAUGGACAUUCCUCUCCUCCAAAGAUGCAAAUCUCAUGAAUAUGGAGGAGACACGGGCGGUGUUUGAAAAAUAUCGGCCAACCCAUGUCAUCCACCUGGCUGCUAUGGUUGGGGGGCUUUUCAAAAACAUGAAGUACAACCUGGACUUUUGGAGAAACAAUAUCUACAUCAACGAUAACGUUCUGCAGGCAGCACAUGAAGUUGGCGCAGUCAAGGUUGUUUCCUGCCUAUCCACCUGCAUCUUUCCUGAUAAGACCACCUACCCUAUCGAUGAGACCAUGAUCCAUAACGGUCCACCUCAUGAGUCGAACUUUGGCUAUGCCUAUGCAAAGAGAAUGAUUGACGUCCAUAACAGGGCAUAUUUCCAGCAGCAUGGGCGGUGUUUUACAGCUGUGAUACCCACUAAUGUGUUCGGUCCCCACGACAACUUCAGCAUUGAGGACGGUCAUGUGCUGCCAGGCCUUAUACACAAAGCUUACAUUGCUCAAAAGGAGGGGAAGCCCCUGGUGGUCUGGGGCUCUGGCACUCCCAGAAGACAGUUCAUUUACUCUUUGGACCUGGCUCGUCUCUUUCUGUGGGUCUUGAGAGAGUAUCCAGAAGUCGAUCCAAUCAUUCUUUCCGUUGGAGAGGAAGAUGAAGUGUCCAUCAAAGAAGCAGCAGAAGCAGUUGUGCAAGCGCUUGACUUUAAAGGAGAAGUGGUGUUCGAUACCAGUAAAGCAGACGGCCAGUUCAAAAAGACAGCUAGCAAUGCAAAGCUGCAACGCUACCUGCCAGAUUUUACCUUCACACCCUUCAAACAAGCUUUGAAGGAAACCUGUGAUUGGUUUGUUGCCAACUAUGACUCAGCCCGAAAGUGAAAACUCUAUCAGACAAGUGGUACGAAGUUCUUAAACCCAUGACCCGCUCCGUUGGAAAAGAAGGCUAAUAGUGAAGGAGGAAAUGGCUGAAAGAAAACAAUGUGGUGGUUAAUCUGCAAAGGUAGAUGGUUGUUCCUAAAUGAAGUCUGUCCGUUUGAUUCUGUCACUUGGUGAGCUGGACUGAACGUCUCACUUUAAAUCCACGUCUGCAACACCAUACCAUAUUAUGUUGCUAAUGUUUACUUGACUCUCUUUAGGUAUAGGGAAUAAUCUAUUGUCUACCUGUGUGUAGUUUCUUUUUCACUAUAGCAGUGUUCAUUUCAGUUGUUAACUGACUGCUUCAAUCUUGGAAUCCAGGUGCUGGCACAAUUUAAUAUUUUCAAUUAAUUAUCUGUCUGUAAACCCUUCUCAGCAGUUUUAUCACUGAAUUACUUUCAGUCUUUAAGGGUUUGGGAUUUGGCAGUUUAAGAGACCUGGCCUUGACUUGCUUUAUUUAAUGAACACAAAGAAGGGUACGGUAUGGGAAGUUUACCCAGUGGUUGGGAUGUUUUUUUGAUAAGUAUUUUGGCACUGAACAAAAUAAAUGUUUUAUACCUAU